GUUGCAUUGACAGACAUGGAGCUAGUUUCUAAAGUAUGUUUAGCUCUUCUCUUUCCUUUUUCUUGCUUUGGAGAAGACCGGAAUUUUGGUCAUGGCCAAAGACUUAUUUUCAUUGCUGGCCCGCUUUCUAAUGAGUUAGUAGAUACGUUAAAUUUCCAAAGUGGACAUAUGGGAGAACCUACAUUUUAUUCUGUAGAGCCUCAGCCAAAUUAUAUUUGUGAUCAACCUUCACUUGCUUCUUUGUCAUCGCACUUUGCCAAACUCCAUGCAACUGGUGUGACGCAUUUUAAGGUGGUCUUGCCAUGGACUCACGUCCUGCCAGAGAUGAAUGCUCAAAAACCCAACAAGACAAAUGUGGAAUGCUACAAACAACUUCUCAGAACUCUCAGAUCUGCUGAUCUUAAACCAAUUUUAAUUCUGCAUCAGCUUGGUUUAUCAAAGUAUUUAGGCACCCAGCUUGGAUCUUCAACUUUUACUGAUCUUUUUGCUGAAUAUGCAGACUUUUCAUUUGGGACUUUUGGUGAAUUAGUGGACACCUGGAUCACUUUCAGCCAGUUGCCUGAGAUUACCAAGGAAUUACCUCUUGCAGGUCCAAAAGCCUUUCCUCUACAACUACUAGUUUCAGCACAUCAAAAAGCUUAUAAAAUCUACCAUGAAAAAUACUCAUUUGAAGAUGGAACAGUAUCCAUUUCCUUGGACCUUAGUGAUAAUGGGCUGGUACUGCCAGAAUCACUCACAGCUUCAGUUUGGGCCUCUAUAGAUUUUGUCUCUCUCAGCCUACGGUACAACUGUAAAACUGAAGCAGGUAUUGAAAAGAUGCUGAAUGAAAUAAAGCAUCUCAUAGAUGAUAAGGAUGUUCUAUUCUUCCAUCUAAACUUCACUGAAUGUUCUUCUGUUCAAGAAAACCUGCUUACAACAGUGGCUUCCAUUUUCAGUGCCAUGUAUGAAGCCCAAGCCCAGGUGAAAGGCUAUGAUGUGAAUUCCUUCUUAGAGGACUUAGCUGUUCCAGAAACAAGCUCCCACAAAGAUUCAGCUAUUCAAUCAAAGCAGAAGGAAGACCCUACACGUGCUGAGACUCCACUUUCAAACUAUCAAAAGAUUUGGGAAAAAUUUGCUAACCAAUCUGAGCUGGAAAGAGACUCUUUUUUGACAGAUACUUUUCCUAGUGGUUUUCUCUGGGGUACAUCAACAGGAUCCUUUAAUGUUGAAGGAGCCUGGGCAGAAGAUGGGAAAGGAGAGAGUAUUUGGGACCGAUAUGGACAUCAAGGCCAUAUCCAUAAGAAUCAAACAGCCGAUGUUGCCAGUGAUAGUUACCGCAAGACUGAAUACGAUGUUUAUCUGCUUAGAGGCCUUCAUCCAAAGAUUUACAAAUUUUCUAUAUCAUGGCCUAGGAUUUUUGCCAAUGGAGAUAACAGCAGCUUGAAUCCCCAAGGAGUGAAUUAUUAUAACAAACUCAUUGACAGCUUGCUGGAUUCUGGCAUUGAACCCAUGGUGACCUUGUUCCACUGGGACCUUCCACAAGUGCUGCAGGACUUUGGUGGUUGGCAGAAUGAGAGCAUCAUUGAUGCCUUUGCAAACUAUGCAGCUUUCUGCUUCGCUACUUUUGGAGAUCGGGUUAAACUCUGGGUUACCUUCCAUGAACCCUGGGUCAUUAGCUAUGCUGGCUAUGGUACAGGGCAGCAUCCUCCAGGAAUUUUCAGUCCAGGCACAGCAUCCUAUCAGGUGGCUCAUGUGAUCCUCAAGGCACAUGCUCAAGCUUGGCAUGUUUACAAUGGGCAGUAUCGUCCCCAACAGCAGGGGAAGGUGGGCAUAGUGUUGAACUCUGACUGGGCUGAACCCAAGACUCCCAGACUUCCCCAGGAUUUGAAAGCAGCUGAGCGCUACUUGCAAUUCAUGUUGGGCUGGUUUGCUCACCCAAUAUAUGUUAAUGGGGAUUAUCCAGAGAUCCUGAAAUCCCAGAUUGAGGAGACCAACAAGCAGUGCUCUGCUGCCAUUGCCAAGCUCCCUACAUUCACCAGUGAAGAGAAGAAGCUGGUGAAAGGAACAGCUGACUUCUUUGGCCUUUCUCAUUAUACUUCCAGACUUGUUGGUGUUUUGGCUAACCAAACCUGUACUCCAGACUACGAGAUUAUUGGAGGCUUUUCCCAGGAUGUGGAUCCUUCUUGGCCAAAGACAGCAGCACCUUGGCUUUAUGUAGUGCCAUGGGGGUUGAGGAGAUUGUUGCAGUUUGUGUCUGAAGAAUACACAAAGACAAGAAUUCCCAUUUACAUAGCGGCAAACGGAGCACCCACCCAUGAAGGAGCUGAUUUGAUCAAUGAUACCGCAAGGCUGGAUUACUACCGUCUCUAUAUCAAUGAGGCUUUAAAAGCUGUAAAGCAAGAUGGUGUGGAUGUUCGGUCAUAUAUUGCCCGAUCACUGAUUGAUGGCUUUGAAGGCAUUUCAGGCUAUAGUCAAAAAUUUGGCCUUCAUAAUGUGAAUUUUGAAGAUGCCAAUAGACAAAGGACCCCAAGAAAAUCUGCAUAUUUCUUCUCUUCUGUGAUAGAAGAUAAUGGAUUUCCUAAUACAAGCAUGAGAAAAUAUAUCCAGCCAUUCAGAAAGGAUAUUUCCAUGACCUCAAGGCUGCCUAGUUUGUCAGCAUCUGAAGUCCCCUCAAAGGCAAAGAUAGUUUGGGAAAAAUUUUCUGACCAGACUAAGUUUGAAAGAGACCAGUAUUUUUACAGCACUUUCUCAAAAGAUUUUCUGUGGGGUGUUUCCACUUCUGCCUAUCAGAUUGAAGGAGGCUGGGAUGCAGAUGGAAAAGGACCCAGCAUAUGGGAUAACUUUGCCCAUAAGUCCGGAAAAAUUAAGAACAAUGAUACUGGAGAUGUAGCUAGUGACAGCUACAAUAAAGUAGAUGAAGAUCUUUAUUUAUUGAGAGCCUUAAAGGUGAACAGUUAUCGCUUCUCUUUCUCAUGGCCUCGAAUUUUUCCGGAUGGCAGAAAUCAAUCUAUAAAUAGUUAUGGGAUUGAUUAUUACAACCGAUUAAUUAAUGGUUUACUGGCUGUAAAUAUUACACCAGUGGUCACUCUGUACCAUUGGGAUCUGCCUCAAGCUCUCCAAGACAUUGGUGGGUGGGCAAACCCUAAACUGAUUGAACUAUUUAAUAGUUAUGCCGACUUCUGUUUUCAGACUUUUGGAGAUAGGGUUAAGUUCUGGAUUACUUUCAAUGACCCUGUCACAAUUUCAUGGCUUGGCUACGAUACAGGAGUCCAUCCUCCAAGUGUCAAAGACAAUCCAGGUGAUGCCCUCUAUAAGGUUAGUCAUACAAUAGUGAAGGCUCAUGCCAGAGUAUAUCAUACAUACGACCAGAAGUAUAAGAAGAGCCAGAAAGGUGUAAUUUCCAUAAGUCUCAACAUUGAUUGGGUUGAACUGAAGACACCAGGAAAUCCCCGGAAUGUAGAAGCAGCAGAUCGUUUCCUACAGUUCACUGGGGGUUGGUUUGCACAUCCAAUUUUCAAAAAUGGUGAUUAUCCAGAUGCCAUGAAAUGGGUUGUGGGAAACAGGACUGAGCUGCAGAAACUGCCAGCCUCCCGUCUUCCGGUUUUCACUGAAGAAGAGAAAAAAUAUAUCCGGGGCACAGCCGAUGUCUUCUGCUUGAACCAUUAUACCACCAACAUCAUAAAGCACAAGACCACCAAGUUGAAACCAUUUUCUUAUGAAAGUGACCAAGAACAAGUCCUGGAGAGAAACCCUUCCUGGCCAACCACAGCCCUGGCAAAUAUGCGAGCAGUGCCAUGGGGACUUCGGAGGCUCCUAAACUGGAUCAAGGAGGAAUAUGGCAACCCGCCUAUUUACAUUACUGAGAAUGGAGUUGGAAUAAAAACUAAGUCUGAUGUUGAUGACAACAAAAGGAACUUUUAUUAUAAAAGCUACAUUGAUGAAGCUUUGAAAGCCUAUAAGCUGGAUGGAGUAAAUCUUCAAGGUUAUUUUGCUUGGUCACUUAUGGAUACUUUUGAAUGGCUGCACGGUUAUGAACCAAGAUUUGGCCUGCACCAGGUUGAUUUUGAAAAUCCAAACAGGCCUAGAACUCCAAAACGUUCCGCUAUAUAUUAUUCUGAAAUCAUACGCAGCAAUGGGUUCCCGCUGUCAAAAGAGGAUGAGUUCCUUUAUGGAGAAUUUCCCAAGAACUUCUAUUGGAGUGUGGCCACAGCAGCAUAUCAGAUUGAAGGAGCUUGGAGAGCAGAUGGAAAAGGCCUCAGCAUUUGGGACCAGUUUGCUCACACGCCUUUGAAAAUUGACAAUGAUGAAAAUGGAGAUACAGCUUGUGACAGCUACCACAAAAUAGAGGCCGACUUGACUGCUCUGAAGGACAUCAAGGUGACCCAUUAUCGUUUUUCAAUCUCCUGGUCUCGCAUUCUUCCAGAUGGGACCACCAAGCAUAUCAAUGAAGCUGGCCUGAAAUAUUAUGAAAGACUUGUGGAUGCCCUUCUUGCAGCCAGUAUCCAACCUCAGGUAACCCUGUAUCACUGGGAUCUUCCUCAGGCCCUCCAAAACAUUGGAGGGUGGGAAAAUGAGACCAUCGUUCAGAAAUUUAAAGACUACGCAGACCUCAUUUUUCAAAGAUUGGGAGACAAGGUGAAAUUUUGGAUAACUUUAAAUGAGCCUUAUGUCAUUGCCAAUCUUGGUCAUGGUUAUGGAGUGUCCGCGCCAGGCAUAUCUGGGAGACCAGGCCGCGCCCCUUACAUUGUGGGGCACAAUUUGAUCAAGGCACAUGCAGAAGUGUGGCAUCUCUACAAUGAGACCUAUCGUCCCAAACAAGGAGGAUUGAUCUCACUUUCCAUCAGCGUAGAGUGGGCUGAACCAAAGAAUCCUUACAAGCAGGAGGAUUAUGAUGCUGCUCAGAGAUAUAUUCAGUUUUUUGCUGGUUGGUUUGCUCAUCCUAUUUUCAAAACCGGUGAUUAUAGUGAUCUGAUGAAAAAGAGGAUAAAAGAAAGAAGCCAGGGCAAAUCACGGCUCCCUGAAUUUACUGAAAGUGAAAAGCAAAGAAUUAAAGGCACAUAUGACUUUUUUGGCUUGAAUCAUUAUACCACAAUCCUGGCAUCCAACUUAAAUUUUCCUGCUUUUGUAACAUCCUACGAUGCUGAUAGAGGUGUUGCCUCCAUAGUAGACCACAGCUGGCUGGGUUCUGGCUCCUUUUGGUUGAAAGUGACACCAUUUGGCUUCAGAAGGCUCUUGAAAUGGAUCAAAGAAGAAUACAACAAUCCACCUAUUUAUGUGACUGAGAAUGGGAUUUCUGAACGUACAGACACAGGUUUAAAUGAUACCUGGCGCAUACAUUAUUUAAAGAGUUACAUCAAUGAAGCGUUAAAAGUUGUAUAUGAUGGUGUUGAUCUCCGAGGCUAUACUGUUUGGAGCUUGAUGGACAAUUUUGAAUGGGCAGUGGGCUUCUCUGAAAGAUUUGGGUUGUAUUACACCAACUACACAGAUCCCAAUCUAUCUAGAAUUCCAAAGGAGUCUUCAAAGUAUUACUCAUCUAUUAUCAGCUGUAAUGGCUUUCCAGAUCCAGCCAGUGGACCUCAUUUGUGUCUGGAGCCUCAGCCUCAGCCUACUAUUACCAAUAUCGAGAAGGUGCAAUUUUUGGGACUGGACCUGACUUCACCUAAUGCUGAAACAGCUCUUUAUAUUCUGUUUGUCCUAUGCUUGUUGGCUAUGCUAGGUUUUGCUGGUGUCCUCUAUGCAUAUAAAAAGUAGUCCAAAAAUAACCAAAAACAGCUUUUAAAUAAAACGCAAUCAGGAAUAUGGUUUGCCUUGUCAUCUGAAGACUUUGAGUCCUGCAGAUUUGAAGCUGUGAAGUUCAUAGGUGCUAUUUAAAAUGCAUUAUCAUAACAUGCAUCAAUUAUCAGUGCAAUUCUGGUUUUUUGCACCUGAGAUAGAAUGGCUUAAGAAUUAUGAAAUUUUGGGAUGUUGUUUUGCUAUGACUAUGAACUUAAGACUAGUGCACUCUCAGUGUAAUGGAAAACAUACUUGUGUGUAACACAAAGCACAUUGACAUGGCAGGCUGUUUAUCAGGAUGAUUUCAAGUUAACCCCAAAUCCCAUUAUUCAACAUUUUGGAUCAUUGGGGGAAAAGGUAUUAUCUAAGCUCUAUUCAGGAAAACAGGGUCAAUUGUUCAGAAUUUAUUCCACAACAAAUGAAUGGAAGGUAUGUCCUUGUUGUAUGCAAAUGUAAUGAAGAGUAUUAUGGAAAAAUA